GUUCCGGCUGCGGCGCGCGGGCGGAAACUUUAUGCGGCCGGACUGCGCCGGCGUUGGGCGCCGGCAUUUUUCUAUUUAUAGCUGCCUGUCUGCCUUCUGAUUGGGAACGUUGGGCUCGUUUUCAUCAUGCCAACCGUGGUGGUGAUGGACGUAUCCCUGUCCAUGACCCGACCUGUGUCUGUUGAGGGGUCUGAGGAAUAUCAGCGCAAGCACCUAGCAGCCCACGGUUUGACGAUGCUGUUUGAGCACAUGGCCACGAAUUACAAGCUUGAGUUUACAGCCCUGGUGGUUUUUUCAUCACUCUGGGAGCUGAUGGUUCCCUUCACAAGAGAUUAUAACACCCUACAGGAAGCACUAAGUAAUAUGGAUGAUUAUGAUAAAACCUGCUUGGAGUCUGCAUUAGUUGGUGUUUGCAACAUUGUUCAGCAAGAAUGGGGUGGUGCAAUUCCUUGCCAGGUUGUUCUGGUGACAGAUGGCUGUCUUGGCAUUGGUAGAGGGUCACUGCGGCAUUCCCUAGCUACACACAAUCAACGAAGUGAGAGCAACAGGUUCCCACUACCUUUCCCCUUCCCAUCUAAGUUAUACAUCAUGUGUAUGGCAAAUUUGGAGGAGCUUCAGAGCACUGACUCCUUGGAUUGCCUUGAACGUCUCAUAGAUUUAAAUAAUGGCGAAGGGCAGAUUUUUACUAUUGAUGGCCCCUUAUGCUUGAAAAAUGUUCAGUCUAUGUUUGGAAAACUGAUAGAUCUGGCAUACACGCCUUUCCAUGCUGUUCUCAAGUGUGGCCACCUGACGGCAGAUGUGCAAGUCUUCCCCAGGCCAGAACCUUUUGUUGUAGAUGAGGAAAUCGAUCCUAUCCCUAAAGUCAUUAACACAGAUUUGGAAAUAGUGGGAUUUAUUGAUAUAGCUGAUAUUUCCAGUCCUCCAGUUCUGUCCAGACAUCUGGUCCUACCUAUAGCACUUAACAAAGAAGGUGACGAGGUGGGUACUGGCAUAACUGAUGAUAAUGAAGAUGAAAAUUCAGCUAAUCAGAUUGCAGGCAAAAUACCCAACUUCUGUGUCCUGCUCCAUGGCAGCCUAAAAGUGGAAGGAAUGGUAGCAAUAGUUCAGCUAGGUCCUGAAUGGCAUGGAAUGCUCUACUCCCAAGCUGACAGCAAGAAGAAAUCAAACCUCAUGAUGUCCCUCUUUGAGCCUGGCCCAGAACCUCUCCCAUGGCUAGGGAAAAUGGGACAGUUGGGUCCUAUUUCAGAUGCUAAAGAAAACCCUUAUGGUGAGGAUGACAAUAAGAGCCCAUUCCCCCUGCAGCCCAAAAACAAACGCAGUUAUGCCCAGAAUGUGACUGUCUGGAUCAAACCCAGUGGCCUGCAGACAGAUGUACAGAAGAUUUUAAGAAAUGCAAGGAAAUUACCUGAAAAAACACAGACAUUCUAUAAGGAACUGAACCGUUUACGAAAGGCUGCCCUGGCCUUUGGUUUCCUGGACCUGCUCAAAGGGGUGGCUGACAUGCUGGAAAGGGAGUGCACGCUGCUGCCCGACACAGCCCACCCCGAUGCAGCGUUCCAGCUGACCCACGCUGCCCAGCAGCUCAAGCUGGCCAGUACUGGCACCUCCGAGUACGCUGGCUAUGACCACAACAUCACACCUUUGCAGACAGACUUCUCUGGGAGCAGCACUGAACGAAUGUAAAGCUGACUUUGGGGGCCUUCCUUCUUUUUCAUUUAAGUCCAAAUGAUUUAGGGUAAAAACUUCUCCAGAGUGUCCACCUCUGCAACAGCCACCGGAGGCUGCCUCAGAAGCACCACUGCAACAGUCUAGGGCUUUGACCUUAGCUUUCUAGGCUCAGUCUUUCAGCCCAAGACAAGUUGCUCCUGUGAUGGGUACAUCUUCUGAGAAGCUUGAAGGUGUGAUGGGUACAGAGCUCUUCCCCUUCCUCAGGAAACCUAACCCACAGGGGCCCUCUGGCUUUCUGAAAGGCAUCUUCUCUUCUCUCAAUCAUAAGGACAUUUUCAAGAUUCUGCCCUUGGAAUGAGCAACCCAGACUGUCUGGGUCUAGCUAAGGACAAGCCCUGCACCACUAAGGUUUGGAACUUUUCUUAGAACUUGGGCAAAACUUUCUUUCACUUAGGUGCUUUUGGUAUGUCUUGAGAUACAGACUUUUAAAUAGCAACCAUAAAUGUAUAAAAUUAUUCCCAUUCAAGGUUUGUUUUUUAAUGAAAAAGUAUUUGAUUUUCUAUAAAAGGUUUCACUGGUAAA